AUGGAGCUGUUCGAGACCAAUCCCUAUUUCUUCCCCGAUCAGCGAUUUUACGAAGGGAAUGAUAACUUCUACCAAACCAGGCUUCAAGGGGGCUACGACCAAACCGGCUUCCAGGACCGGAGCAGUAUGAUGGGCUUGUGUGGUCCGAGCGUGGUGCAGCAGGCGGUGGAGGACAAGGCCUCUCCCAACAGCAGCUUGUCUCCGCAUUCGGACAGCGGCUCCCCACACUGUCCGGGACAAUGCCUGCCCUGGGCCUGCAAGCUCUGCAAGAGGAAAACCGUGACCAUGGACAGGCGCCGGGCGGCCACUCUGCGGGAGAAACGACGGCUGAAGAAGGUGAACGAGGCCUUCGAUGCGUUGAAGAGGAGUACGCUGAUGAACCCCAACCAGCGUCUGCCCAAAGUGGAAAUUUUGAGAAGUGCGAUCCAGUACAUAGAGAGGCUUCAGGCUCUGGUGUCUUCUCUCAAUCAGCAAGAGACCGAGGCGGGACAGCAGCCGGGCCUCCACUACAGACAGAGUCAAGUCCAGCCAAGAGUGUCCUCGUCCAGUGAGCAGGGCCCUGGGAGCACGUGCAGCAGCAGCAGUCCGGAGUGGAGCAGUCCGGAGCAGUGCCAGAGCUACAGCAGCGAAGAUCUGCUGAGUGCGGACUCUCCGGACCAGGGCAACAUGCGAGCGCUCUCCUCCAUCGUCGAGAGCAUCUCUGACGGAGCCGUGGCUUUCCCGGUGGACAUUCCUAAGUGA